AUGGAAGACUCCAAGGCCCCCCUCUCUACCUCCUCCAAAACCUCCUGGAAGCAUUGUCUGGACAUCCUGGGUGCCUACCAGUAUGUGAUGACCUUCCUCUUCCUGGGACCGUUCUUCUCCUUCCUCACCAUCUACCUUCUCUUCACACCGCUCUGGUGGCUGUCUGUGCUCUAUGGGGUCUGGCUGAUCAUCGACUGGGACACACCCCAGAAAGGUGGCUGGAGCUCCAAAUGGAUAAGGAAAUGUGUUGUUUGGAACGACAUGAGGGAUCAUUACCCCAUCAAGUUGGUCAAGACAGCUGAGCUGCCUCCUGACCGAAACUACGUGCUGGGCGCACACCCUCAUGGCAUCAUAUGCAUGGGGCCCACCUGCAACUUCCUCACCGGGAGCACUGGCUUCUUUGAGCUAUUUCCUAGACUGCACUUGAAUUUAACCACUCUUGUUUUGUUUUUCUGCCUGCCUCUCCUUCAGGAUUACCUCAUGGCCCUAGGCCUGUGUCUUGUGAGCCAACAGAGCCUGGAUUUCCUGCUGUUGAGUCGCCCCUCGGGGCAGGCCAUGGUCAUUAUGGUGGGGGGUGCCCAGGAGAUGCUGGACACCAUCCCUGGAGUGUACCGUCUGAUACUGCACAACCGCAAAGGAUUCAUGCGCCUGACGCUUAGGCACGGGGCCUCCCUGGUGCCUGUGCACUCAUUCGGAGAGAACAGUAUCUUCAGGGCCAAGAGCUUCGAGGUGGGCAGCUGGCAGUAUGCUGCACAGGUCACCUUCAAGAAGAUUGCAGUCUUCCCCCCUAACAUCUUCUGGGGGCGCAGCCUAUGUAGCAACCUAUUCUCCCCGAAUUCCUGGGGGCUGCUGCCCCUGUCCAAGCCCAUCACCACUGUGGUGGGCCGCCCCAUCCCAGUGCCCCAGCUGCUCCAGCCCUCCGAGGACCAGGUGAACCACUACCACCAGCUCUACAUGCGUGAGCUGCAGCAGCUGUUCGAGGAGCACAAGGUCAGCUAUGGGGUGCCUGCAUCUGUGCAGCUCACCUUAGUCUAG